AUGCUACUAGACACUGAAACUCGCUACAAUAUGAUGGAAAAAUUGGUGCUCGCACUCAUCACAGCGAAGAAGAAGCUACGACAGUAUUUUGAAAGCCACACCAUCAUUGUAUAUACGGAUUAUCCACUGAAGCAAGUGUUGAAUAAACCCGAUAUCUCUGGUAGAUUAUCCAAGUGGGCAAUUGAACUUGGGACAUAUGAUAUACGAUUCUUGCCUCGAAAAGCAAAAGAAGGUCAAGUACUUCUUGACUUCCUGGUCGAAAUACAGUCCUUUACCCCAGAUACCUUGCAUGAACUGCUGGAAUCAGAAAUUGAAUGGGUAUGGACAAUGCAUACGGACGGAGCAUCCAAAUCCCAAGGGGCCGGUAUUGGCGUCAUAUUAGAAGCACCCUCCGGGCUAAAAAUCGAGGAAGCCAUUCGGUUAGAACAAUUUGCAACGAAUAACGAAGCUGAGUAUGAGGCUCUGAUUUAUGGUUUAGAGCUAGCACGAGACAUGGGCAUUAGACGAUUGAAAGUCAGAGGGGAUUCAAAGCUCAUGAUAGAACAAGUGGCCAGGAAUUUUGACACUAAGGCACCCUAUCUGGCUAGCCUAUUACAAAGGGUAACUGACUUACAGUCACAUUUCCACCAGUUUGAACUCGUACAAGUACCGAGGGAACAGAAUCAGAAGGCUGAUGCUCUGGCAAAAUUAGCCUCUGUAGGGGAAUGCCCUCGACGCGCCACCAUAUACACAAGCGAAUCACCCAAAGUUCUGGAAGUUUUCUCAACCUCAUCAGAGCCUGAGUGCUGGAUGGAUCCAAUCAUCCGCUAUUUGUCUAAGUUUGAACUGCCAGCUCAUCCGAAAGACGCUAAACUUCUGCGUCUUCGAGCCCAACGCUAUUCCAUCAUCUGUGGAACGUUAUACCGCAAAUCCUUCGAUGGCCCCUAUCUUCAGUGUUUACGUCCAUCAGAAGCUAAACAAUUGUUAGAAGAGAUACACGAGGGAGCAUGUGGAAACCACACUGGGGGCCGAAGUUUGGCACACAAAGCACUUACAGCAGGGUGCUACUGGCCAUACAUGAUGACAGAAGCACGUGACUAUGCCAGAAAAUGUGACAAGUGCCAGCAAUUUGCACCAACCAUCCAUUAA